CUGCCAUCGAUGAUGGAGACGUUGUGAGAGCACCCUCCGCCUUAACCGUAGGACCGGUAGCUAACGUGAUGAAAUCUAUCAAGUUUCACGAGAGUGGCAGCGAUUCUGAGAUUCACAAGCAACUAGAGGUAGUCUUCCGCCCGGACAAUAACCACCGACGAAAAUCGUCCCUUGUCGACGUUGAUAACCCCAAGAUCGCACGGCGCCGUGAUCUAAGCGACCGGAAUACUGCUUGCUUCGUUCAUUCCCUUCUCUCCGGAGAAUGGGAACCGCCAAGCAACAGACUCGAAGACAUUGAGGAGGCCAGAAGCCAGCCGGCCGACGAGCCUAACAAUGAUGCGACCCAUUUGACUGAAGCAGACAACGUGUCCAUCAUCGAUUAUGCGAAAAAGCAGGCGGAUGAGGCAAUUCCAUCCGUCGUGGAGUCUCGGCAUCUCACAAAGAAGCAAUUGUCCGACAUGGCUUGGAAUGUGCGCAAGCUAUCGAAGAAACUGGGGAGUGUCAAGCUAAAGCUCUCUGUGAAGACUGUUUUCCUGGUGACGAAAGCGCAUGACGAAUCUUUGGUGAGCUUGACCAGACGGGUUUGCCAAUGGCUUCUCUCGACGGAGCGGGAUAAGCCUUACAUCGUUUACGUGGAGGAGAGACUUCAAAAACAUCCGGACUUCGAUGCAGAUGGUUUGAUUCGAGAUGAACCGGCUGCCGCAGGCAGGUUAAAAUACUGGGACAACCAACUGGCUCAUGACCAGCCACAUAUAUUUGACUUCGUCGUCACGUUAGGUGGUGACGGGACGGUUUUAUAUACCAGCUGGCUGUUCCAGCGUAUCGUCCCGCCAGUCCUCUCAUUCUCUCUAGGUUCACUUGGUUUCCUAACCAAAUUUGACUUCGAUCACUACGAAAGCACACUUACCAGUGCCUUCCGAGAUGGUGUUGUGGUGAGCCUGAGGUUAAGAUUCGAAUGCACGGUUAUGCGAGCCAAGCAGCAGAUUGUGGAUGGAGAGGACAAUGCUCAUGGCCCCAAGAAGAGAGACUUGGUAGAGGAACUGAUUGGUGAGGAAUAUGAAGACUGCGUGACGCAUACUCCGGACAAGGUAUUUGAAAUUCUGAACGAUGUCGUCCUUGAUCGCGGCCCCAAUCCCACAAUGUCUGCCAUCGAGUUGUUUGGCGAUGAUGAGCAUUUUACGACCGUCCUGGCUGACGGUGUCUGUGUCUCUACUCCUACUGGAUCAACUGCUUACAAUCUCGCUGCGGGAGGAUCUCUCUCGCAUCCGGAGAACCCCGUCAUGCUUGUAACGGCCAUCUGUGCCCACACGCUGUCGUUCAGACCUAUCAUUCUGCCGGAUACGAUCGUCCUGCGAAUGGGUGUACCGUAUGACGCGCGUACCACUUCAUGGGCAAGCUUUGACGGACGGGACAGACUUGAGUUACACCCGGGUGACUAUGUCACAAUCUCGGCGUCUCGAUAUCCAUUUGCGAAUGUCCUACCGCCCGGGCGGCGGAGUGAGGACUGGGUUCACAGCAUCUCGAAGACACUCAAUUGGAAUUCAAGACAGAAACAGAAAGCCUUCAAAGAAGGCCCUUCCGACAGCGCAUCAUGAGCGCGACGGAGACAUUACUCUAAAUACCGUGUAGCUGAAGUGGUUUGGAUCGUGAAAAUAGACCCUUCUGCAUCUGUAAAUAUGGUGCACUUCAGACUUGCGUAGUUAUUCAUGAAGAUGACCAAGAUUUCGUAUUGAACGAUAAAAUAGAAAAUACCAGUCUUUUCUAUUAUUAUUGUCAAGAUGGCUCGUUAUCAUUACCCACCGCAAGGGAAUCGUAAAACUCAACAGAACUAUUAUUUUGAUUCUAGAUUUUCUUUUAGUUGAGG